AGGGGUGCGGAGGCCAGCGGCGAGGCCCCCACUCGGCAUGUCCGCGGCGGCCGCCCCCCAGCCACCACUUCGCGGAGCGGAGAAGACUGGGGGGGCCCGGCCGCCCGAAGAGAGCCGCCAGGAGCAGCGCCUCUUUCCUUCUGGCCAGGUGGUGAGCGAGAGCGGCUCCGGCGAGGGGCAACAGCAGCAAGAGGACGACGACGAAGAGGACCACCACAAGUGGCCACAACGGGGGCGGCCCCAGCCGCAGGCUCCCCUGGUCGAGGCCCCCCCGCCCAAGGAGAACCCCUGGAGCCGUUGGAAACCUCCCCCUGCCUCCGGCAGCAGCUUGUCACCCUCCAGCGCCUCUACCGGUAGCGAGGUUGCCUUGCAGGAUCCGGGUGAGGAGAGGGAGUUGCAAAGUUCUGCUAAAGUCAUAAAAGCAGGAAAACCAGAGACAAAGAAAUCUACCAAGGCUAAUGAUUUCAGUGAUGCAACAAACUGGCCAACACCAAGUGAAAUUGCAAACUCUGAAUGUAAAAAUAUAAAUCAUCAGAAUAAAAAAGCACCAAUCAAGAAGGAGAAGGAAGAGAAGAAUGAAAAGAAAAAUAACAACAAAAUCAAGGAAAACCUGGAAAUAACUCAAGAUGCUCCUGGAGAAAAUGUUAGCGAAGAUGAGACUCAAACUAAUAAUCAGAGGAAAAAAGGUAACAAGCACAAAUGGGUGCCACUUCAUUUGGAUGAUAUGAAACCAGAUAGCCAAGAUAGAUCAGGGUCUCGGAACAAUUCAAGAUCUCAACUGGAAACAAGCAAGCUUGUUCCUCACAACAACAGACGUAAUGAGACAAGAACUAGCUGGCGACGAGACUGGGAUAAACGAGAUGAUCAUGAUGAAGUCUCUAGUGUGAGAAGCGAAGGUGGCAGUGUUCGAGGAUUUUACAGAGGAAGAGGGAGGGGAAGGGGGAGAGGAAGAGGACGUGGAAGAGCAAACCCUCGAAUGAAUCAUGAACAUUCUUAUGGUCACCGAGAACAAUAUGGUGAAAGGACUGAUCAGUCGUUUCAGCCAGAUCUUAAUACUGGUAUGAUGUAUUACUACGAUGAUGGAACAGGAAUGCAGAUGUAUUCUGUGGAUGAAACAGUACUUAAAGAAUACAUUAAGCGCCAAAUUGAAUAUUAUUUCAGUGUAGAAAAUUUGGAAAGAGACUUCUUCUUGAGGAGGAAGAUGGAUCAGCAAGGAUUCUUGCCUAUUUCUUUGAUUGCAAGCUUCCACCGUGUACAGGCUCUCACUACCAAUGUUAAUCUAAUCUUAGAGGCUUUAAAAGACAGUACAGAAAUUGAAAUAGUACACCAGAAGAUCAGGAAAAAGAUAGAACCAGAAAAAUGGCCUAUUCCAGGGCCUUCUCCAAGAAGCCUUCCUCAAACGGACUUUUCCCAGCUUAUUAACUGUCCAGAAUUCAUACCAGGCAAAGCUUUUGGUUCACACACUGAAUCUGCUCCAAGCUCUCCAAGAAUGGGAAGUCUAAGUACUAAGAAAAGCACAGAAACAAGUAAUCUUCAAACAAUGUCUAAAGGAUUAUCUACCAGUUUGCCUGAUCUGGACUCUGAACCUUGGAUAGAAGUUAAAAAAAGGCAUCGUCCAUCCCCAGCUAAGCCAAAGGAACCUGUGCCUAUACUUGAGGAAAUGUCAGGUCAGCAGCAGCAACUGCCAUCAGAAGAGCAAGAACAGGAAGAGCUUGACUUUUUGUUUGACGAAGAGAUGGCACAAAUAGAAGGCCGCAAAAAUACUUUCACAGAAUGGUCAGAUAGUGAUUCAGAUUAUGAAAUUGAUGAUCAGGACUUAAAUAAGAUUUUGAUUGUAACACAGACACCACCAUAUAUGAGAAAACAUCCUGGGGGAGAUCGCACUGGUAACCAUGUAUCUCGGGCAAAAAUUACAUCAGAACUUGCCAAAGUCAUUAAUGAUGGCUUAUACUACUAUGAACAGGAUUUGUGGAUGGAGCAGAGUGAGAAUGAUUCUCUUGCUAUGAAGGAAGCUGAAAACUUUAAAAAGUUAAAUCUUAUUAGUAAAGAAGAGUUUGACAAUCUUACCCCUGAAUAUAUAAUUGAUCCAAAUCAAGAAGUCCCCCCAGGUCCUCCAAGAUCUCAACAAGAUUUAACUGAAGAGCUAGCUUGUAAAUUGUUUGGUAUUCAAGAUGUACCUCCAGCAACAAUGGCUCACUCACUGCCUACAGCUGUCCCUGAGUCUCCUAGAAUCUGUCCUUCCAGAACACCAAGAACUCCUCGUACACCAAGGGUGCAAGAUCCUACCAAAACACCUAGAUUCUAUCCUGUGGUUAAAGAAUCAAGGACCAUUGAUAUGAAGACACGAAGAAAAAGAAAAACACGUCACAGUACAAACCCUCCACUAGAAAGUCAUGUUGGGUGGGUCAUGGAUUCCAAGGAUCACAGGCCAAGAACAUCUUCUGUAAGCAGUUCAAAUGCAUCACCUUCUGAAGGUGCACCACUGUCUGGAAGCUAUGGAUGUACCCCUCAUUCGCUUCCAAAAUUUCAGCACCCUUCUCAUGAACUUCUAAAGGAAAAUGGAUUUACACAGCAAGUGUACCACAAGUAUCGCCGUGGAUGUCUAAAUGAAAGGAAACGGUUGGGAAUUGGUCAGUCUCAAGAAAUGAACACACUUUUUCGCUUCUGGUCUUUUUUCCUUAGAGACCAUUUUAAUAAAAAAAUGUAUGAGGAAUUCAGACAACUUGCUCUGGAUGAUGCAAAAGAACACUACAGGUAUGGUCUGGAAUGUUUGUUCCGUUUUUACAGCUAUGGGCUGGAGAAAAAAUUCAGGCAAGAGAUCUUCAGAGAUUUCCAAGAAGAAACGAAAAGAGACUAUGAAUCUGGUCAGCUAUAUGGACUUGAAAAAUUUUGGGCUUAUCUGAAGUAUUCACAGUCUAAGACUCCACCUAUUGAUGCAAAACUUCAAGAAUACCUCUGUAACUUUAAAAGAUUGGAAGAUUUCAGAGUUGAUCCUCCUAUUGGUGAAGAACCUGGGAGGAAAAGGAAUUUAACUGGUGAGGAGAAUGAUCAUCAUCAGCAUCAGUCCAGUUCUUCCAAAACCUUUGCUGGUAAUUCCACAGCUGCCUCUCAGGCUCAAGUUCCAAUAAACUUUCCCACUGCAAAUACUGUACAGGAGUUGAGUAACAGCACACACCAGAACAAUACUGCCACAAAAUCAAGAAGUGACAUAACUGAGCAAUAGACUUUCAUUAAGCUUAAACCUUGAGAUCAACUCCUAAUGCCAGUAUUUUCGCUCAAGGAUCUUCAGGGAGAGCUAUUUUAAUGUUUGAUUAAAAAACAAAUGUAUAGGAAAACGAAGGAUUGCAUUUGCUUUCUCACAAGAUUAAGUUCCAGAUACUUCCCCUUGAUCAAUUGUACUGGGUUUUGGGAUCAUCUGAGAGAUCCUAGAGAAACAUCUUCUGGUCUAGGUAGUGUUAUCCCUGACCUUCAGUUUACAGGAACUCCAUUCCAGUACAGUAUGCAAAAAUAUUUUAGGAUGCCUUACAUUUCAGCUCAUACUUCGUCAAGAAGUUAUGGGAUACUUGUACAACGUAAAGCUUUUAUUUCAUUCAGUUUCCAUUAUUAUUUCUGCUUAUGGAAGCCAAAAAGAGAUGACAUAUUUUUAAUACAGAAAGAGAGGAUUUAAUUUGGUAAAUGCACAUAUAACUACAUAUUUUUUGUAACAUGCACACUCCACAACGUAUAGGAUUGUGCACGUUUCUUGGGUGCUGAAUUCCAUUAAGUUUUUCUGCUGUCUAGUUCUUUUAUUUCAGGAUCUUUGUAAUUUGGGGUUGAGUGGAGAGUUUUGCAUUACACAUCAAUCUAUUUGGUUUUUAAGAUGUUUUCUUUUAUGCUGGUUCUUAUUUGUACUUGAGCAAAAUAGAUUAGAGGGAAAGGGGUGUAACUGCAAUUGUCAUAUUUAAUAAACUAGUUUAAGCAGGCAAAUGGUAGAUGGGCUCUCAAAUUACCCUCUGGUUAGUGAGGUACUGUGUUUUCCAUUUAAUUUCUCUUUUCCAUGUAUGUAACACACACUGCAAGAAGGAUGAUUUUUAAGCAUGUAAUUAUAUUUCAAUAUUUGACACAGUUUCAAGAGGAAUUUUUAAAAAUCUAGCACUCCGACACAAAAAAAUUCAGUGCCAGAAUGAGUAUGAAUAAAGUUAAAUAUUAUGCUCUGGUGUCCAAGACCAACUGACUUUAAAUUGGUCAAGAUAUCAUUUUCCUUAAAUGUAAAUGAUUAAUUCAAAAGCGAAUUUCUUAUAUUGGGAGGUGGAAGAUAACUGGAUUUAUCACCUGUAAUUUCUAAAUAGUUUCAGUUAUUGUGAUUUUAAAAUGAUUAGAAUAAAGAAAAGGAAGGCCUCCUUAAAGUUGGAGUAGACUAAAUAGGUGUAUUUUUAUCAUAUAUAUAGCAAACCAGUGAAACUUGGCAGGCUUCAGAUACAUUUCUAGAAGUCGAACACUGUUUGCCUUAUUACUGGAAGAGAUACUAAAUGAUCCAACAUUAAUUUUAAUGGAUUUCUAUGGCAGAAAGAGUUGCAGUACAUUACAUUUUUCUGUCAUGAUGCCUUCUGGAAUUGAAUAGAACAAUUAUGAAUACGCAUAUUUGAGUAUCUGGAUUUCCAAGUAAUUUCUACACUCAUACUAACCUUUUAGAACUGCUCUGUUUUGAAAAGAAACUAGGAAUUGAUGACACACAUUUUAUAUAGCAUCUUUUCAAUGUUCUGAAAUUGUUUAUCUCAAACCUGUGUUCAAUCUGUGCCACCUCCU